GGUGAGUUGCAAGGCUCCGUUGGUGAGGCGUGAGUUUUGCCGCACCGCAACGAACACUCGCCACACAUAAACAUGGCGUUCACUUUUGCUGCUUUGUCAUAUAUUGUGGCACUGAUUGUUGAUGCCUUCCUCAUCUUCUUUGCCAUUUUCCACAUAAUUGCAUUUGAUGAACUGAAGACAGACUACAAAAAUCCAAUUGACCAGUGCAACAGUCUCAACCCGCUGGUAUUACCUGAGUAUGCUUUGCACCUCUUCUUCAAUUUACUGUUCCUGGUAGCGGGAGAAUGGUUUUCAUUGCUGCUGAACCUGCCACUCAUCCUCUACCACAUUCAAAGAUACCGCACCCGGCCAGUGAUGAGUGGACCUGGGCUGUACGACCCCACCAGCAUCAUGAACCAUGAAGUGUUGAGUCAGUGUCAGCGGGAGGGUUGGGUCAAGCUGGCAUUCUAUCUCCUGGCAUUUUUCUACUAUCUGUAUGGAAUGAUUGUUUCACUGAUCUCAGGAGCAUAAGCUUAUUGGAAGAAGUGUAUCCAUCGUGAAUGUGAAGGCACCUGUUGACGCUUUGCUGUAGCUGCAUCAGUGUGAAAACAGUCAACUACUGUACAUGAAACUUCACUCAUGCCACCAUGUCAAGAUUUUUGCUUCCAAUUUUUUUUUUUUUUCUUCUUUUUUAUUUAUAUUUAUAUAUUUUUUUUUCUCUCUCUCUCUCUCUCUUCCCUCUCCAUAGGAUCAGUUGUGUAUUAUGUAUGUGAUAUUGAAUUCAGCAUUUUGUAAGGCAUAUUAUGAGAAUUAUUUGAGAUCUUUGGCUGUAUUAUGAUUAAUCAAAGGUAUACAUUUCCUACUGCCUGGAUAAUACUAUAUUAUAAGAAUAUUAUCAAUACAUUUUUUGCAUUACUUUACUUGGAAUGAUGUGGUCUGUUGUGGACAAUACCCAUCGAGUGAUUUAUUAGACACAGGUUGAGGUCAGGUGAGAUCAGGUGCAUGGUAAUGUGAAGGUAACAAUGCCUGUUAUGAGUCACUUCCCGACACCUUCCAGAGUAGUCAUUGUAAACCAGGAACAACUUUUGUGUCACCAAAGACAUUAUGCCAGAGGUCUUGCUGCCAACAAAAGAGGUAUUUUCACCACUUGUUUUUUAUGCACCAGGUAUUACAGUUGAAGUGUACCUAGGAAUGCACAGGUGUUUAAUUAUGUACUGUAUUCAGGUGGAUGUAGUUACCACUCAAGUCUAACACAGCACAAAUAGUCCAUGUGAGUGGAGAGAAGAUAGUUCUUGUGUUGGUUGGCAGGUUUAAAGUUUUAUGGUGAAAUUGUGCAUAGACACCAGGAUAUAAUUUGGCUGCAUAGGAGGGAAUGAGUUAUAAGUAAAAUUAAGAUAGACUUGUUGCAGAGUUGCUUGGGAGAGAUUCCUUAUCAGCACUGCCAUGGUUGUAAAUGUAUGGUGUGUGUGUGUGUGUGUGUGUGUGUGUGUGUGUGUGUGUGUGUGUGUGUGUGUGUGUGUGUGUGUGUGUGUGAAUGAUUGUGUCAUUGUAUGUGUACUUACCUGUGCCUUUGCCAGUUUUAUAAUUUAGCCAGUGAACAAUGAUUUGUUUUGAUGUCCAUGAUCAGUCUUGCAUAGUGAAAAAUAAGGUUCAAGAUUUCUCAGAUUCUGAGUUUGUAAUCAAAGGCAGAUAUGACGUCCCUAAAUAUAUGAACCCAGCAUACCAGUUUAUGAACCUUACUUAAUUAUCUUUUCUUUAUCAGUCUAUAUUGUGUUUGUACUUUGUAUGGUUUGUUCUUUUGUUAUUUUCUACCUUUGGUUAUCAUUAUGUUGUGUUUCACUAGGACUUCAAACUGUGGAGUGCCAUCAGGGCUGGGUGUAUUCUGCUGUGUUGGGAAAUGAUGUGUUACAGUGUGUCACAAAUAACACUGGUAAUAAAACAAUACUUGUUCUCAAUUUGCAAUCCAUUUCCAUCAUGAAUCUGAGAUCAUACUUGAACUACGUAUACUAAGUUUUUUUAGUGUUAUUAUUGGGCAGUCAAAGUAUCUUUUGUGAAUGCAUUACUUCUGUUAAGAUAAAGGAAAGAAGUAAUGAGCACAAUUAUUCAGUGAAAUUGUAAAAUAUUUUCAGAUAAGUUUGUGCAACCAAUGCCAUACUCUUGAAGCAGUAAUACUACCCCAUGGAGUGUGUUGAAGAUACUAAUAUAAAGCUAUCAAACACUGA